AUGAGCAUCAAGUUCAAUGUGAAUGGCUUUCCGUACGAGGUGCAGCCAGCGGACUACGCCGCAGACAUCACCCUAAACGCGUUCCUCAGGGAUCAUCUCCAUCUGACGGCUACUAAGUACAUGUGCCUGGAGGGUGGCUGUGGCUCCUGCAUUUGUCUCAUUCGACGCCGACAUCCUAUCACAGGUGAAAUAAGCUCCCGUGCCGCCAACUCAUGUUUGACCCUGCUCAAUAGUUGCAACGAUGUGGACAUUAUUACCAACGAGGGGCUGGGCAAUAAGAACAGCGGCUAUCACCCCAUACAGAAGCGUUUGGCUAAGCUUAACGGCACCCAAUGCGGAUUCUGUACGCCGGGAUUCGUGAUGAACAUGUACGGGCUGCUGGAGAGUCAAGGGGGGCACGUGACCAUGGCUGAGGUAGAGGAUGCAUUUGGUGGCAAUAUAUGUCGCUGCACCGGCUACCGGCCUAUCCUCGAUGCCAUGAAAUCAUUUGCCGUGGACAGCAAUAUUGACGUUCCAGCGGAGUGCGUGGACAUUGAGGAUUCCUUUGAGCUGCUCUGCCCACGCACCGGUCAAUGCUGCAGUGGCAGUUGUUCUCGCCCGUCGCUGCCAGCUCAGAACAACAGCCAUUGGUAUUGGCCAAAGACGCUCGCGGAGCUUUUCGAAGCACUGGCUCAGGUUCCUAACGAAGAGGAGUAUAUCCUGGUAGCGGGAAACACAGCGCAUGGUGUCUACAGGCGAUCCAAGAGUAUACAGCACUUUGUGGAUGUCAACAUGGUGCCGGAGCUCAAGCAUCACAGCAUCGAGCCGAAUCGCCUAUUGCUGGGUGCCAACGUGACACUCACAGAUGCCAUGCAGCUCUUCCGACAGGCGCAACAACGCGCCGGCUUCGAGUAUUGUGCACAGUUGUGGACGCACUUCAACCUGAUUGCGAAUGUGCCAGUGCGAAAUAACGGAACUCUGGCGGGAAACAUCUCAAUCAAGAAGCAGCAUCCGGAGUUUCCCUCGGAUGUAUUCAUCACAUUUGAAGCACUAGAUGCGCAGGUCUUGGUGUAUGAGAAUGCCAGCAGUCAACGGGUAAUGAGCCUGUUGGCUUAUCUGCAGGAUGCCACGCCCAAACUGGUCAUUGGCGCGUUUAUAUUAAGACCCUAUCCCAAGCCGAAAUACUUGUUCAACUCCUAUAAGAUCCUGCCGCGUGCUCAAAACGUACAUGCCUAUGUCAAUGCUGGUUUCCUUAUCGAGUGGCAGAAUACCCAGCAUCGCAUAGUGGGCUCGGCUCGCCUUUGCUUUGGCAACAUUCUGCCUGAUUACGUGCACGCCCAAGAUGCCGAGCAAUUGCUGGUGGGUCGCGAUCUGUACGACAGCGCCACAGUCGCGCAAGUCUUCGAGCAGCUGCUGAUGAACCUACACCCAGUGGAAAUGCCUCCUGAGGCAUCGCCUGAGUAUCGCCAGAAACUAGCCUGCGGGCUCUUUUACAAGUUUUUACUUGGGUCAGCGCCCGAGGAUCUUGUCCGGCAGCGUUUUCGCGGCGGAGGAGACUUGCUGGAGCGCUCCCUUUCAUCGGGAAGUCAAACAUUCGAGACCAUACACAACAACUAUCCCGUGACACAGGCAGUGCAGAAGCUUGAAGGCCUCAUUCAAUGCUCCGGCGAGGCAAAGUACGUAAACGAUCUACUGACCACUUCUAAUGCUGUAUACUGCGCCUUUGUGACGGCCAAGCGGGUGGGAGCCACAAUCGAACUGAUCGAUGCAACAGAGGCGUUCCAGUGCAAAGGCGUGGUUGCCUUCUAUGGAGUCAGGGACAUUCCAGGGGACAAUAACUUCAACAAUUCCAGUUUCCUGACAGUCGAAGUGGAGGAGAUCUUUUGCUCCGGACGAGUCCAGUACUAUGAUCAGCCGCUGGGAGUAAUCGCUGCGCUUACCCACGAUGUGGCCGUAUAUGCGGCGACAUUGGUGCGGGUGACUUAUGCCAAUAACCAGGUGAAGAUCUAUACCAGCAUGAAUGCCGUGCUGGCAGACAAGGUGGAAAAUCGUCUAGUGACAAGCUCAGCACCAACUGAGGAGUUUUCCGAGCCACCGCUCGACCCUGGUGAUGUGCUAGGACGUGGGAUUCUUGAGCUUGAUUCGCAAUACCACUUCACCAUGGAGCCACAAACGACGGUGGUGGUACCUGUUGAACAGGGACUGCAGGUUUGGAGUGCCACUCAAUGGAUGGACGUGACCCAGACCUGCAUAUCGCGAAUGCUCAAAUUGGAUGCAAAUGCAGUCCAGUUACAGGUGCGACGCAUCGGCGGAGCCUAUGGCGCCAAGGUUACACGUGGUAACCAAGUGGCAUGUGCCUGUGCACUUGUUGCACACAAAUUGAAUCGGCCAGCACGUUUUGUGCAAACUAUCGAAUCCAUGAUGGAGACAAACGGAAAGCGCUGGGCUUGUCGCUCCGACUACGAAUUUCAGGCGCGUGCUAAUGGCUCCAUACGCAUGCUCAGCAACAACUACUACGAGGAUGCGGGCUGCACCCUUAACGAGAAUGUCGUCGACUUUCUCACGUUACCAACAUUAAAAAAUGUCUACAAUCUGACCAACUUGAACUUUAAGGCAAAGGGUACUGCUGUAAAAACGGAUGCGCCCAGCUCAACAUGGUGCCGGGCUCCAGGGACAGCAGAGGGCAUUGCCAUGACGGAGACGGCACUGGAGCACAUUGCCUUUGCCUGUAAAUUGGAUCCAGCGGAUGUGCGUCUUGUAAAUCUCCGACCGGACAGCAAAAUGGUACAGCUACUGCCUCGAUUUCUGGCUUCCACUGAGUACCGCAAACGUCGGGAGCAAAUCAACUUAUUUAACGCUCAAAACCGAUGGCGCAAACGAGGUUUGGGAUUGGCACUAAUGGAGUUUCCUUUAAAUGUGAGCAUCGCCUUAUGCUACCCCACGACGGUAGCUAUUUACCAUGCGGAUGGCUCGGUGGUCGUCUCGCACGGUGGCAUUGAGAUAGGUCAGGGCAUAAACACUAAGGUAGCCCAAGUGGCUGCCUUUGUGCUUGGUGUGCCGCUAGAGCGUGUGCGUGUGGAGAACAGCAAUACAAUCACGGGAGCCAAUUCUUUUGUGACAGCCAACUCAAUGGCCAGUGAACUGGUUGGAAUAUCAGUGCGCAAGGCCUGCGACACACUCAAUCAGCGUCUGGAGCCGGUCAAGCGCAGAUUGGGAGCAAAGGCAAGCUGGCAGCAGGUUGUCGAGUCGGCCUUCAUCCAAUCGAUCAGUUUGAUUGCAACCGAGUCCUACAAAAUGGGUGAUCAAAGUAACUACAGUAUAUAUGGUUUGAGUCUGAGCGAGCUGGAGUUGGACAUACUGACUGGCAACCAUUUAAUACGCCGCGUUGACAUACUAGAGGAUGCGGGCGAGAGUCUCAGUCCCAGCAUUGACGUCGGUCAGGUUGAAGGAGCCUUCGUCAUGGGUCUGGGUUACUACCUAACCGAGCUGUUGUUCUACGACCGACAAACGGGUCGCCUUCUCACGAAUCGCACCUGGAACUAUCAUCCACCAGGCGCCAAGGAUAUACCAAUUGAUUUCCGCAUUGAGCUACUGCAAAAAAGUCCCAACCCCGUUGGUUUCCUACGAUCAAAGGCGACGGGCGAACCGGCUCUAUGUCUGGCUGUGGGCGUGCUCUUCGCCAUGCAGCAUGCUAUACAAUCGGCCAGGCAGGAUGCCGGAUUGCCGCGGGAAUGGGUGCGACUAGGCGCACCUACCACACCAGAAACUGUUGUAUUAUCAGCGGGUAAUGAAGUUCAACAAUUUGCAUUACAAUAG